CACGGGGAAAGUAUUUACUGAGCACCUACCACUUGCCAGACACUCCUUGGGAUGCUGGAGAUAAAGCAGUGAACAAAACUGGUCACGGAGUUUCUAUGCGAACGAGGAGACAGGAAACAGGACAGUUAAGUUUAGGAAGCGGUAACUGCUAUAGAUAAAGCAAGCAGGGGGCGGGGUUAAGAGGGGUAGGGAAGUCUGUGGUUGGGAAGUGCACCUGCACUUCCUAUUCACGGAAAUAACUGGCUGGGUCCUACGGAAACUUCAUUUGUGUCUCCUAUCAGGAUCGUUAUACACGGUCUUGCUCAUGCUACACUGGCCCUAAAGGACUGUCAGGGACUUGAAGGUAGGAAGUGUGUGCCUCACUCGUCUUUGGAACCCCAGAGUCGAGCAGUGUUUUCAGGGCGAAAACAUGACGGAGAGCGAACAGUUAGGAAAUCCCCACAGAGCUAUAGGUACUUCGACCACUGCUUUCCAGGGUGGUUAUUCCAGCAGGGGUCAGAAGCCGAGACUCCAUCCGUUCCCGGGGCAACGGGACUGUGACGCAACGCAGCCACUGGUCCGCCCUCGAGGGAUUAGGCUGCGAGUUUAGGAACGAAUUAAGUGAGCGAGAAUUAGAUCCUCUGAACGCGGAACACCCCGCACGACCGCGCCCCUUCAGUGCCGCCGCCCGCACGGUGGCUUCCGGGCUUUUAGGGUCUCCCAGUUCUAGGAACGACAACUUCCGGCCCCGAAGGUCCCCUGCUCCGUGGCUUGCCGGGGUCCUAGCGAAGGAAAGGUGGCCGCGGCGGCCGCCUGACCCCUCACGGAACACGGCGACAAGGGCUGCUGCCUUUUCCCGGGAGGCGGCGGCGACAGGAGGGCUGAGAGGAUCCGCACGCCGGCGGAGCUCGUCCGGGGAAGAGAAUUAGGUCGGAACGCGGCGUGAAGUGCGGACCCGGAGUGGCCCGUCAGGCGGGAGCCGGGCAGGUGCUGGGGCGGAAGUGCGAAGACGCGGUCGGAGCGGAGCCGUCUAGGAAGCGCCGGCCGCGGGUCACCCAAGCUGGAACGGCGGCCGCGCUACAGCCAGACCGCAGCGAUUAGGGCUCGGGGACGGCAAGAUGCCUCUGUUCACCGCUAACCCCUUCGAGCAGGACGUGGAAAAAGCCACAAAUGAGUACAACACUACAGAAGAUUGGAGUCUUAUCAUGGACAUAUGUGACAAAGUUGGAAGCACUCCUAAUGGAGCAAAAGAUUGCUUAAAGGCCAUAAUGAAGAGAGUAAAUCAUAAGGUUCCUCAUGUUGCUCUGCAGGCAUUAACUCUUCUUGGGGCUUGUGUGGCAAACUGUGGAAAGAUAUUUCAUUUAGAAGUAUGUUCCCGUGAUUUUGCAACAGAAGUACGUGCUGUGAUAAAAAAUAAGGCUCAUCCUAAAGUAUGUGAAAAACUGAAGUCUUUGAUGGUAGAGUGGUCAGAAGAAUUUCAGAAGGAUCCUCAGUUUAGUCUGAUAUCUGCAACUAUUAAAUCUAUGAAAGAAGAAGGAAUUACUUUUCCUCCAGCAGGUUCUCAGACUGUCUCAGCUGCUGCCAAGAAUGGUACAUCAUCGAACAAAAACAAAGAAGAUGAAGACAUAGCUAAAGCUAUUGAAUUAUCAUUGCAAGAGCAGAAGCAGCAGCAUGCAGAAACAAAAUCCUUAUAUCCCUCUGCAGAAAUUCAGUCAAAUACUAAAGUUGCAAGGAAAGUAAGAGCCUUAUAUGAUUUUGAAGCCGUUGAGGACAAUGAACUCACCUUUAAACAUGGUGAAAUUAUUAUUGUUUUGGAUGACAGUGAUGCCAAUUGGUGGAAAGGAGAAAAUCACAGAGGAAUAGGACUCUUCCCAUCUAAUUUUGUAACAACUAAUUUAAACAUAGAGUCUGAGGCAGCAGCUGUGGACAAAUUGAAUGUAAUUGAUGAUGAGGAGGAGGAAAUUAAGAAAUCAGAGCCUGAGCCUGUUUAUAUAGAUGAGGAUAAGAUGGAUAGAGCCCUGCAGGUACUCCAGAGUAUUGAUCCAACAGAUUCAAAACCAGACUCCCAAGACCUCUUGGAUUUAGAAGAUAUCUGCCAACAGAUGGGUCCAAUGAUAGAUGAAAAACUUGAGGAGAUUGAUAGGAAGCAUUCAGAAUUGUCUGAAUUGAAUGUAAAAGUCUUGGAAGCCCUGGAACUAUAUAACAAGUUGGUGAAUGAAGCACCAGUAUAUCCAGUCUAUUCAAAGCUCCAUCCUCCGGCACAUUACCCCCCUUCAUCAACCGGGAUUCCAAUGCAGACAUACCCAGUUCAGUCACAUGGUGGAAACUAUAUGGGUCAAGGCAUUCACCAAGUCACUGUUCCCCAAAGCUAUAGCAUAGGACCAGAUCAGAUUGGUCCACUGAGAUCUCUGCCUCCAAAUGUCAAUUCCUCGAUGACAACACAGCCUGCACAGACUCCAUAUUUAAGCACUGGACAAGACACUGUUUCCAACCCUGCUUACAUGAACCAGAACUCUAACCUUCAGUCAGCUGCUGGUACUGCUGCUUACACACAGCAGAUGGGAAUGUCUGUGGAUAUGUCGUCUUACCAGAACGCUACUUCUUCCAGCUUGCCACAACUGGCCGGCUUUCCAGUGGCAGUUCCAGCUCAUUCAGUCGCACAGCAGCAAACAAAUUACCAUCAGCAGCCUCUUCUUUAGAACAAACCAAGCAUUUUCUUGAAAGCCUUCAUAUGUGUAUUACUUGACCCUUGUGAUUCUAAUCUAAAAAUAUUAAAAGAAAAAAAUUUUUUUCUCAACUCAAAAAAACCAUGAAUAAAUAAAGCACCAAAAACUUAUCUUACUGUGCUAGGCCAUGAAGGGCUUUUUCAGUCCAAUUUGUUUGAAGUGCAACUUUGAUCAGAGGCAGCUUCAGAUAGCUUCCAGUUAAUUUUGUCUUACUUUCAAAUCUCUCUACGCAAAUCUGGACACCCAGUAAGUAGCCUUAUGACACUAAAUAGCAUGAGCUAGGAGUAUGAAGUUUUUGCUUUAAAGACACCACUGUUUAUCCCUAAAACAUCAUGGUAACUGGGAGAGCACCAAAACCUUUGAGUAUUUUUUUUUUUUUUUGUCUGCUUAUUUUUUUCAGUGUCCGCCACAAACCAUUAUUUUAAGGCAAACUUCUUUUUGGGUGAGCAUUUAGUUUGCCAGCAUAUUUCCCUUUGGUUCCUUAAAUUGCAGUUGUGUUUGCAGUACUGUCAGUUUUGCUCUCUUUUCUGUUGAGUAAUAAUUAGCAUAUAAUUGUCUAUAGAAGCAAGAGCAAUUUGGAAGGAACAAAAAUGUUUUCUGUUAUUAACGUGAAGACUGUAGAAAUGCAGAUGUGUGCGAUUAAGCGUUUAGCUACUUCCCUGUCAUGGCGGCUGUGGGCUAAGGAAUGCCCCACAAAACAUUUCCAUUCCCUGAAGACAAAUGUUUUUCUUACAAGGCUCCCUUGUAUUUAGUAUUGCCACUAAUGACCUUCUAAAGUGACUUUGGCCAUUCUCUAAUGAAAAUAAUAAGGUCCCCUGUUUUCCUUCCUGAAGUGUGGUGUGCAGAGAUGCUGCAUUUUCUUUUUACGGAUUACUUGUCAAUUUGACCCAUGAGACAUUCCUAGUAAUUUGAUGUGAUAUAUCCCAAGCAUGAAUAAUAAGUGUGUUUUUAUAGAUGUGUUGUUCAAGUACCAUUGCUAUGCCAGGCUAUUGAGAAAUUUGGCCAUUCCUUUCAGAGAUAAUUCUAAGCCUGUGGGAUUGAUAGGGUAGCUAUCAGGACAGUUUUUCUGAAGUCUGCAUUUUAUAAAUUUGCAGUGCUAAUAGAUUCCAUAUACUAUAGGAAUUACAUAGUAAACCAGUAGGGAUUGUUUUCUCCUAAAAAUACAUACACUACUGCAUCAUCUACCAACUUGUUAGAUAACGCAAAAUAGAAGAUGGCGAAUAUAUAUGCUUACAGAUACACGGUACUUAGACUGGGAGAAACAAAGGACAUAAGUGAAGUUACUUGCCUGGGAGCAAGAUUUCUGAAUUGUUUUUUAAAGAGAACCCUUAAUCUUUCUGCUAAGAAUCCAUUUGAAGACAGUGCUCUGAAAAUUUUUGUCAUUUAUCUAUUUACAGAAAUUUAAUUACAAGUAUGUUCUUUUUCCAAAGAAACUGUGUCUUAGAAUAAAAUAGUCUAUAUACUACUUGGUCUACAUUUAAAGGAAAAAAACCAACAGUAUUUGAAAGCCCAGUUUCUAUCAUUGUCUUAUUUCAGAUAUAAGUAACUGAAAAAGUUUUAACCUUGAAUGUCUCAUAUUCUUUUUUUCACCCAGUAUUUUCCUCCCAUGUGAAUUCAAUUAUAUAUUUACAAAAAAUGCUAAAAGGGUACCUUAUUUUUUGGAAACGAAUCUUCUGUUCUUUAAAGAAAAAACAUAAAAAGCAUUUAUAAAGCUGCUCUUGAUAAUGUUGGCAUAUAUAUAUCAAAAAUCUUAUAUCUUUUCCUCCCAGUGUUUAAUAAGGUUAUUUUAAUGUUUGUGUAAAUAUUUCAUGUAUAAUUGUGAUCAGAAUUAUAAAAGCUUAACUUGAGUAAGUCUUUGAACUAGUAUAAAUACUGUACACCCGCUAAAUUGGGAUCAGCCAAUUAAGUUCACCAAAUGUAGUUUUGGAAUAAUAUAACAUGCGACAUGUAUAUAAAUCGUGUAUAUUGGCAUUUAUCCGUGAAAUUUUAUACAUCCAGAAGUUUCUUCUCCCUCUUAAAUUAAAAACAAUUUUAUUUU